UUAUACGUCACCCUCGGUAAAGUCAAAAGAUUAUUAUCAGGACAUGGACAAACGAGAGGAAUAAUGGGAAUAGAAAUCGAGAUGAAACAAGAAGAAAUCGAUCGAGAUCCACGACAAGAGAUUGUUUAUUUCGAAGAAUUACCUUGGUGGUUAACGAUUUAUUUACAUACUUUAAAAGUCGAAGUUGAUGGUAUUCAAAUCAAAUAUCCAACUCGAGUGAUCACCAAGAAAACAAUCAAGCCUUCAAUACAAAGAGAACGCCCAUACAGCUUUACGAUGACCCUGAAUUUCCCUUCCUCCGAUGAUAUGAAGGUCAACCUAUCCAAUAUUCAAUCAGAAGACCGAAAUUCGAAGAAAAAGAACACUCAACUACGAAAGAUGAAGAUUUAUUUCGAAUACGAGAAGGAUUUAUUACUCUAUACUGAAUAUUCUUCUGAUGCUAAUAGAGGAUUCGACUUGAAUCCAGCAGCAUUAAUCUUGUAUUCCUCAAAAACCAAAAACAAAGACCAAGACGAUGAACUCGGUCAUGACAAUCUUCAUCAAAGCGGUCUUAAUUCUUCAGCUUCUGAUCAUAGAGGUAGUAGUGUAAGGUAUUGGACUACUUGCGCUUUGGUCGAUCUGGCUACUCCAGAUUUCUCGAUGCCUUAUAAUGUUAUCAUCGUCACUUCUACUGCUAUGGCUUUAUUCUUUGGAUCCGUGUUUAAUCUUUUGGUUCGGGAUUUCAAAUUGAUUAAGAUCAAGAAAAAAUAGUUGAGAAAAUCAAUCAACCAAGCAAAUAAAUAAGUACAUUUGUCAAAUUGUAGGUAUAUUAUGUGAAAAACUGUCGAUCCUAGCUUUUUUUUUUGUUCUUUGUUGUCAAUCAAGAGUAGGAUGAAAUAAAGACGAUAAUCAGUGG